UUGCAUUUACUUUAUAAUCGUCGAAUUAAAAAUACAAGUAAAUUGUCAUUGCUUAAAAAUGUACUUCUUAUUUAUUCUGGCAAUGCUUGUAAAGUUAAGUGCGAAUAAGGCUCCUAGCCGUGGAGACUUGAGGGUGUAUAAAGGAAGGAACGACGCGCAUAACGAAUUCCCGUUCGCUGUGCUUCUGCAGUUGAAGGACCCUCCGGUCAGGUUUUGUACCGGCAGCCUUAUAGCAGAAGACUGGGUCCUCACAGCAGCCCACUGCUAUCCAAAGACUGUUCCAAGACUUCAAAGCUCAGUGGUACCAGGACAUUGUCAUAAUAUGGUUAUCAGAUAUGGAGAUUUUACAAAGCCGGCAAACGAAACCACAUUGUACUCAAAAAGAAAGAAGAAUACUUUCUUCGGGCUUCAUGUUAAAUACGCGGGUUUUGGACAUUUAGGCAAGCAAUAUGCUGCGACUUCGAAAGAUUUUAGAGAAUUUCAAUUAAUUCCUCUUCAAACUGGCGAGGCUAUUGUGGUCCCUUGUAAAAAAGGCUUCUUUGUCGACAUAUGUAUAGCGUCGAAGUGUUCGAACAGGAAGCAGCAGGUUCGCCCGGGGGACUCCGGAGGGCCACUGGUGUAUGACGGACGAAUCAUAGGAGUAGCUAAAAGCAUGGAAUUUCAGCAACCUAUUUCACAUUAUAAGCCCAUAUUUAGAAUGGAUUCAAAACACCAUACGCUUUAAUGAAGGAUAAGUAAAUGA